AGCUACGUGUGCUUUACAAUACUGCCGUAUAUUUGAUGAAAUGUUUUCGAGCCCCAGACAUUUCCCUUGAUUUUUCCGAUUGGCUGAGGCCUUCAACAGCUACGACCAAAGAUAAUAAAUAUUUCAAAGCAGUUCUCCCUUUAAAAGAGCUGGAAUAUUGACACUGCCACUCAGUUAGCUCAGUAGACACAGUUCGGACACAAACUAGGCAAGCAUGCGUGGCCUUUAUUUACUUUCUAUCGCUGGAGCAAUCCUACUAGUGGGAAGUUUGCAUACAGCGGUGGCAACGGAGACCGACAAUAAAACGGGAGAAUUCGUUGCUACCAAAGAAUGGCAGGUGAUUCAGGAAGGUCAGGCCAUCCCCAAAGGUUUGCAUGUGCGAAUCAAUAUGCAGACUGGCCUAAAGGAGGCGAAACUUCUGGACGAGGAUGAACGCGAUACGGCUUUACAGAGCCAACCAGGGAACAACGUCGUUGAAAACGAACAGCUUUCUUUGGACUACAAGCCCGAUUUAAUCGAGGAGUCUCUGCGAAUAGUCAAAGAAAAAAAGAAAAGCUAUGCCGAGCUGAGAAAAGCCUACAAAGAGUUCCAAAAGAACUUUCGUACAGACGGAGAGCUGAUUGUUCAGCUGAUCGAUCAGUACCGAAACUUCAGCAAGACGCCUCAAGAGUCCGAGUUGCGUGCCAAACUGGAGUCCUUGGAGAACCUUGAGUAUCUUCUGCACCAGAUUGACAAUGCCCUGCUUUUCAUCGACAACUCAGGACUAGAUGACGUGUUGCUUCCCAUUGUGGUCAAUGAUACCAACACCGCGUUAAGAGUUUCAGCCAUGCGGGUCCUCGGAUCUCUUGCGAGCAACAAUCCCAAGGCGCAGAUUAAGGUGUUUGAGAAAAACUUUGGCUCUCACCUAGCGCAGAUUCUUAUUAGCUCAGGAAAUUCUGGAGAGAUCUCCGCAGCUCUGCACGCGUUUGGAGCGUUGCUCAGGAAGUUUCCUCUGGCUCAGCAACGUAUCCUCUCCACGUCUGGGACACAAGCUCUGAUUAGGGUACUCCAGAGCCCCGAGGUGGAGCUUCGCAGCAAAUCCAAAGUGGUAACCCUUAUCAGUGACCUAAUUCUGGAGAAGCGUUCGGUGCUGGAGACGAGCAAAGAUGCACCGGAUGCUGCUUCAACAAUUGCACAAUAUGUACUUUUAGAGUUCGAGCCGUGGCUGCAGUCGCAGGGUUUCUGCUCUGCGGUGGAUAGUGUUCUCUCAAAAGACUUUUUGCACCUCCUGGAGCAACCGGAUGUGGUUGAGCAGUUCGCCACAGCCCUAGAAACCACGGAGUCCCUAUGCCGCGCCUCCUGGUCCCAAAAUUCGGGACUCCGGCAUGCUCUCCUAACGAUUCGUAAUAGGUACGCCAAUAGUCAGGAUGAGUACCGGUUAGAGGUCUCACAAGUCCUUGUCCAAUUGUGUGAGCGAUUGUUCAACAAGCCCAAACACACUGAAUUGUAAGGUUUUUAUUUAUAAUCCCUUAAAUGUAUUAAGUUAUUUGAAUUUAAUUCAUAGCCAAACCCAUAGUCCCAAGAUGCCACUUGAAGCCAAGUACUUGUGAUGUUAAAAGAAUGCUCCUUUCGCAAAAAA